AUGAGACUCUCUUCUAUUGGUUUUACUCAGCAGGACUGCCUGAAGAUUUCCUCAGAUGGCAUGUUUGCAAAUGGGGAGAAAAGAUGUCUGAAUUCUGAACUUUGGCAUGCAUGUGCUAGCCCUCUUGUUUCACUGCUUGCUAUUGGAAGCCGUGUGGUCUAUUUCCCGCAGGGUCACAGUGAGCAGGUUGCUGCAUCAACCAACAAGGAAGUGGAUGCGCAUAUGCCCAAAUAUCCAACCUUACCUCCACAACUCAUUUGUCAGCUUCAUGACGUGACCAUGCAUGCGGAUUUGGAGACAGAUGAAGUAUAUGCUCAAGUGACCUUGCAGCCUCUGAGCCCACAAGAGCAAAAGGAUGCCUCGUUCCUUCAUGUAGAUUUAGGGGUCCCCAGUAAACAACCAACAAAUUACUUCUGCAAAACAUUGAUAGCCAGUGACACAAGUACUCAUGGAGGCUUUUCAGUUCCUCGCCGAGCAGCUGAAAAAGUGUUUCCUCCAUUGGUAAAAUCAAUUUUGUUGCUAUAA